AUGCCUAUCACUCCCUUCGUCAGACAACUACCCCGGCCGCCGUUGCCCUCCCUCGGAGAAAUUAAUAACACAAGUCAAGUCGAACACACCAAGAAGAAGGCGACGAAGGAGGAGGAGAAAGAGAAGUGCCCGUACAGCUCGUUGACCACGUCGCGGGAUGACUGGCUCAGCAGCGAUGACGAGAGCGACGCGCGCCUCUCCUCCUCCCGCUCCCUCUCCUCGGACUCCUCCGAGACCCGCCGCCGGCGCCGGCGCCGGAGGAGGAGCGGCGCGGCCGGAGCCGGGGUGCCAUGGCUGGCCGGCAGGGAAAUCGAGGACAGCUUUGCGGUGGUGAAGCGGUCGAACGACCCGCGGGGGGACUUCCGGCAGUCGAUGGUGGAGAUGAUAGUGGAGAAGGAGAUGUUCGGGGCGGAGGAACUCCAGAAGCUGCUCGAGUGCUUCCUGGCGCUGAACUCGCACCACCACCACCGAGUGAUCCUGCAGGUGUUCGCCGAGAUAUGGGAGGCGCUGUUCUCGAGCCGGUCGUGAGGAAGACGAACGACGACCCUGCGUUUUCUCUUUCGCAUGUUUCGUUUUUCGGGUUUUGUCGUGUGUAGAGAUAUGUAGUUAGUGUUCCAACUUGUAUUGGCCCGAUUGAUCCCGUAGGAUCAUCAUCUUAGUUUUGCUUGUAUAUUCCUAUC